CUAUCUAUCUUCCACAAGCAUCAACAGUCUCUCCAUCAGUCUCCGCGAUACGAGCGCUACUACGGCGCAAAGCAUGGCACCUCUGCGCCUCAAGGAAGCGGUGUCCGCCGCCGGGCACCUCUGCGUUUUUCUGCUGACCGUCUCGGCCUGGAUGGCACUGCCAGGACCCGUGCGCUGUGACAGCGGGGCUUUAAACCGACGCGGCGGGGUGGACCGUACGUUUGACAUGGGCGGCGGAGACAGAGGCUCCCCGCCGGGCUUACACAGGGGCGGUGACGAGGAAGCCGCCGCCGCUGAGAGCUCACCCCGCUUCAGGAGAGCACUGUCCAGGGAAAAACAAAUGUCCUUGCUCAGCAGCUCGUUCGUGCUCAAAGGGGAUGCGACCCACAACCAGGCGAUGGUCCACUGGACAGGAGAGAACAGCAGCGUCAUCCUGAUCCUGACCAAGUACUACCACGCUGACUCCACCAAGGUGCUGGAGAGCUCGCUGUGGAGAUCUACUGACUACGGCACCACCUACACCAAACUCAAUCUGAUGCCGGGGACGACCAUCGUAGUGACCAGUUUCUACAUCUGCCCGACCAACAAGAAGAAGGUGGUGCUGGUGGGUUCAUCCAUAAACGAACGGGAUCAGAUGCUGUUUAUCAGCACGGACGAAGGUUCCUCCUUCCAGCGACAGCCCAUCGCCUUCACCCCAGACACGCUCGUCUUCCACCCCAAGGAAGAAGACAAGCUCCUGGCCUACUGCAAGGAGGGCAGGCUCUUCGCUUCCACAGACCUGGGCCGCAAGUGGACUCUGCUUCAGGAGCGGGUGACCAAGGACAGAGUCUUCUGGUCUGUAUCUGGUGUGGAUGUGGACCCUGAUCUGGUGCACAUGGAGAUGCAGGAUUCGAGUGGAGGUUACCUGUACGUUACCUGUCUCAUCCAGAACUGUUCGGACAAAAUGGUGACAGCUCAGUUCCUGGGCAAGAUCGACUACAACUCGUUGUUGGUGCAGGACGACUACAUAUUUGUGAAGGUCACAACGGGGAAUCGCACCAAGCACUACGUGUCCUAUCGGCGCAACGAGUUCGUCCAGAUGAGGUUUCCCAAGUACGCCCUGCCGAAGGAUGUUCAGAUAGUGAGUACGGACGAGAACCAGGUCUUCCUCGCCCUCCAGGAGUGGUACCAGUCAGAUACGUAUAACCUGUACCAGUCGGACCCCCAGGGCGUCUACUACUCCAUCGUCCUGGAGAACGUCCGCAGCACCAAGCAGCCGGAGGAGAACGUCCUCAUUGACAUCCUGGAGGUACGUGGAAUCAAAGGUGUCUUCCUGGCCAAUCAGAAGAUCGAUGGCAAAGUGAUGACGCUCAUCACCUAUAACAAAGGACGAGACUGGGAACCCUUGGCCCCGCCUACCACUGACAUGAAUGGCAAGCCGAUUAGCUGCAAAGCACCUGACUGUCACCUCCACCUGCACCUGCGCUGGGCGGACAACCCCUACGUCUCUGGGACAGUCCACACCAAAGACUCUGCCCCGGGUCUCAUCAUGGGCGCCGGUAACCUCGGCUCCAAGCUAGUGGAGUAUAAAGAAGAGAUGUACAUCACCUCAGACUGUGGGAAGACAUGGAGACAGGUUUUUGAGGAGGAGCAUCACAUCCUGUACCUGGACCACGGUGGGGUCAUUGUCGCCAUCAAGGACACCUCUAUUCCCCUCAAGAUACUCAAGUUCAGUAUUGAUGAAGGACGGACGUGGACCGUUCACAACUUCACCAGCACAUCUGUGUUUGUUGACGGACUCCUGAGCGAGCCCGGAGACGAGACCCUGGUCAUGACUGUUUUUGGCCACAUCAGCUACAGGUCAGAUUGGGAGCUGGUCAAAGUGGACUUCAGGCAGUCUUUCCCCCAUCAGUGCACUGAGUCUGAUUACGACUCCUGGCAGCUCACAGACCUGCAGGGAGAGAAGUGCAUUAUGGGCCAGGAGCGAAGUUUCAGGAAGAGAAAGGACACAGCGUUCUGCAUCAAAGGAAAGAGCUACACCUCCGCUCUCACCGUCAAACCCUGUCAGUGCACAGAGAAAGACUUCACUUGUGACUACGGUUUUGAGCGGUCCCACACGGAGGGCGAUCGCUGCUUCGCUGACUUCUGGCAUGAUCCAGACUCACCACCUGAAGACUGCCAUCUGAGACAAACCUACGAGUCCACCACUGGCUACAGGAAGGUGAUAUCUAACAUGUGUGAAGGGGGGCUGAACAAGCAGCAGAGCGCCAAACAGCACAGCUGCCCCCUGCUGCCCCCUAGAGGACUACGGGUCGGCAUCAAAGGGCAGAUGUUGGCCGUGGCGCCUGGUGAUGACAUCACUUUUAUUGUCCACCAGGAACAGGGCGACACCAGCAGCACCAAGUACCAGGUGGACCUUGGCGACGGGGUUCGGGCCAUUUACCAGAACCUGACGGUGACAGAUGAACCCAUCCAGCAUCGCUAUGAGAACCCGGGCGUUUACAAGGUCACGGUGAAGGCGGAGAACAUGGCGGGGCACGACGAGGCCACCAUGUACAUCCAGGUCACAGCUCCUCUACAAGAAGUGCACCUGGAGGUGGUUCCCAUCGCUGGGAGAAACAAUGAGGUCAAUCUGACCGCCAUAGUUCUUCCCACUGAGGCAAACCUGACUGUCCUGUACUGGUGGAUAGGAGACAACCUGCAGCCCACACUGACCCUGGAGAACAGCCUUCUGACCCGCUUCCCGGAGACAGGAGAGAUUUCAGUCACCGUCCAGGCUUCCAAUGGCCGAUCCAUGGUGCAGGAUACCAGCACUGUCCGAGUCUACGAUAACUUCCAGGUCAUCCCCCUGAGCUUCAGCAGGAACCUGGACCACUUCAACCCCAACAUCCCAGAGUGGAGGGAGGACAUCGGACACGUCGUCACCAACAUACUCGCUAAGGUCACAGGUGUCCCGCAGGAGUCCCUGGUUACAGUGGUGAAGCCGGGCCUGCCCACCACUGCAGACCUGUAUGUUCUCCCACUGGACAGCAAACCGGCCAAGAAGAGCAUGUUUGUAGAUAAGCAUAUUCAAGCCAUCAUGCAGGCCUUCAACGACAACAACGUCAGCUUCGUGGUGCGAGGUCUACAAGUGCUGGUGAUGCUAGCCGACCCAAACGGAGGGCUAGGUCUAAUUGCUAAUGACUCAGCAGCUGCAGCAGCAGAGACUGGUUAUCACGGAGCAGCCGAUGGUCCAGGUGUUUGGGCUCUAGCAGUCAUUUUCCUCAUCAGCAUCAUCGCCACCGGCUCCUUCAUUCUCUUCAAGUUCAAGAGUCCUUGGCUUAGGACUGAGGAUGCCUAUCCCCCGCUGUUUUACAGGAAGCUUCCAGGCAACCGCAACGUCUACGCCCAGAUGCACAACGAGAAGGAGCAGGAGAUGACCAGCCCCGUCAAUCACAGUGAGGACACCCAGCACAUCAUCCAAGGCGAGGAGUUCAUUGACGAUGACCUGGAUUCGCAGACUCUAGGUAACGCAGGAGGUAGCCCCGCCUUCUGUUCCCUUAUAAGGACUACCACUAACCACUGCUACUAAAAACCAAGCCACUAACACCAGCAGCUAACACACACCAAGGCAACCAUUCGGGUGUGGUCCUGAGCAUCAACUCCAGAGACCUACACAGUUACCUAACCAGCUGAUGGCUGCCGUGGCAAUGCUAACAAACUAGCCUAGCCUAGCUGGCUAACGAGCACAGGGACUCCACUUUGCCUUCCUCCUCCUCGCUCCUCUCCUCCUUUUCCUUCCUUUCCUGGGAUACUUCACCUCCACUCCAUGGCCUCCCUUCAGCUCCAGCUUUGGUGAGAUUUUUUUUUUUUUUCAGGAGGGGCUGAGCCUGGUGGAGGGACGUCUCUUUCACCUCCACCCCACCCACCCACUAUCUUACUGCUACGGGACGGGAGGCAUUCUGCUUUACCUAAUGUACUUUACAUCACUGCAAGCUCCCCCCCCCCCCCCCCCCCCACCCCCCCCCCCCCCCCCCCCCCUUCAGCCUGCAGUGACACCUGGUGAGGAUGGAGAUCACACUGAGGACACUCACUCAUCUGUGUUUUGAAAAACAAAAUCUGUAUGUACGUCGUCUUGUCACUUUGUAGACACUGAGAAUCAGCGAGCAUGACUCACUGCGCUGGUUUCCAGUAAUAUUCACAUUCAAAGAGGGUUGAACCAAGAGGCCACAGCUACUGACAGCAGGUGGUUGCCAAAGACUGGUGAUUUUUGAGCACUAAAGGUAGAGUGCAAGUAAAUUAAAGACAAAUGCAUUUUUACUCUCCCCCCUCUUGUUUUCUUUUACUCCCUCUGCGCUUCCCACAUUUACUCGACACUCUCUCUUCAGAGGCAAUAACACUGUCUGGAUGGAAUGUAGGGAGCGAUGUGCCCCUGAGAAUUUGCAUAUGAAGAGAGGGCGGUGAUGCACUUUCUUCAAAUCCCACUCACAUGUACUGGAGAGUUCAGCUUUGAAAUAUAUACAGUAUGUCCGCACAGCGUUCAGUAUACGUUCACAUUUCUUAUUACGACACAAGUUUUGGCGCGUGGUGUUUCAAGUCGGCACCACCUCUGUAGGAGCACAUCGUCUGUCCCGUGGUGCCUCAAGCAGCAGGUGUUAAUCUGCUCAGUGACCAUUACCUGUUGUCCGGUUUAUUUAUUUUUAAUAACCGCCCACCCAUUCUUGCAUUAUCCCCCCCCCACCCUGAUCCCCACCUCCCCCACACACACACGUUCUGAGUCAGACUCGUUCCCCCUGGAGACAAAGGUUGCUGUCAUGGAGGGAAGGUGUAGUUGAUAUAUUUUACUGUAUCAGCCUAUAUUAGGCAAAGCCCAUGGUGGAAUCAUGUCUCCUUAAAGGUUUGGUUUGUUGUAUGUAAAUGUGUAAAUAUGAACAAUCUCCACUUUGGACAUAUUUCCCUUUGACUUGUGUGUGAGUGUUUUAACACUACUACCAAUAUACACAGCAUUUUUUUUUUUUUCAACUGACCCUCCACUGAGUUCCUGAGUUUGAAGAAUUUUCAUUAUUUCCGGUUUCCUCAGCACCAUUGCCUGCUUCACAUGUAUCCAUUUUCAAUAUUUUCAGUGUAAUCUCAUGCGGAAGAUAAUUUGACGGUCUUCAUUGUUAACUGCAAAUAAUUUCAUUGUCUUAUAUAGAUGCUCACACGUACACAGUGACGACUAUGUAUAUGGAUAUUUUUGAUACACUUGUUUUCCUUCAUUUUUCCCAGUAUGUGUAAACACUGGUGAGUGUCUCUGUUGGCAUUUCUGAAGUCUUUUGUUCGUUUGAAUGCACUAAUGAUGUACGCAGUGCUCUCAGCAUGUACUGGGCAGCAUCUUAACAAGUCUACAGACUCCGAGUCCAAAAGGCCUUUCCAGACCAACCACCACUGCUACUAACACCAAGCGCACAUAUGCUUCAUCUCGGUUCGUCGUGUAUCUACAGCAGCUGAUCACAUUCACUUGUUCUGAUUUACACCUUAAUUCAUCUUUUGUACAUAUUCUGCUCAUGUUCAACUUGUUAUUAAUUUUUCUAGUGAUGUGUUGUUAUUGUAUCAAUGUCCUCUUUAACAAAGGGGAAAGUGGGAAUUCUGAUAUUACAAUAUAAUAGUGAAGGAGUUUCACGGAUGAUGGCACCGACCAUGUAAUUUUGACCGCACUGGUUUACUUUCAUUCUUCUCCUCUUUCUGCCGUUUGUUUGAUCUAUUGAUUCUGUUGAUUUUGCGAUUAAAACAAUUGUGUGUCCUUAUCAGGAAGCGCAGUGCACUCAACCUGCAUCCUGGAAUAAACCACUCCCAUAACUUGUA